UGUCAUCCGAUCAAAUCUCGUAGACAAUGAGAUAUCCUGAAACUCUAAAAAAUGCGCUCUGUAUGAAGUAACUAUCUAAUUGCCAGGUGAAGUCGGCAUUUCCGAUAAAGUUAGCUUGUGCCGCAAACAAACAUGGCCCACCAUAGUACCUCAAGCGGGGAACCCUCACCCUGUCAAUGUCAUCGAUGAUCUGCCCCUACCUCAACCUCCGUCGUCACUUUUCUUCAACCAAGCUAUACUUUCGCCAUGAGUUCAAGCGAUAUCGAUUGGGAACUAGAAGAAGGGAUACCCCAGGUUGACGACCCUUUCAUUCAACAGUAUCUGAAGGGCCGUACCUCCCUCGUAUUGGAGGAGCAAAAACAGCGAUAUGACACCAAUCUUCGCAAGGCCCUGUCGCCAGUAGCUACGAAGGCUUGCAAAAUCGUUUCCAAGAUACGCGCCCGCGAUCUAAGAAAUUUAGGGCUGAACGAGGGAAUUCCCCGCCAAUUAAACUCUACCUCUCAGACCAGUCGCAUGUCCCACCCUAACAGGGAUGAGGUGCAGAAAACCGAGCUAUGGAGAAUCUUACAGAAGAUGCCGAAAGGGUCACUAUUACAUGCACAUAUGGAAACCAUGUUUACUAUCGACUUUGUAAUAGAGGAGGCUUUUAAAACUCCAGGCAUUCACAUAUAUGCCCCAAGGCCUUUGACCACUCAACGAGACUAUGAAGAAGGAACUUUCUACUUCCGAUACUCACCACCGGUACAAAGCUUGGAGCGUGAGCCAACGUUAUGGGAACCUAGCUACGAACCAUCUAGUUUAAUCAGCUUACAAAAGGCGGCGGCAUCGUUUCCCAACGGCGGAGAAGCUGGGUUUCGUGACUGGCUGAAGAAGCGAUGUAUUUUCGCUUCAGAGCAUUUAUAUCAUGAACAUGGGUCCGAUGAUAUGUUGAAUGCCUACAGGACUUUGUCGUCUGUUGUUAACUCGCUUUUAAGCUACGAGCCCAUUUUCCGCUCGUGUCUUCGUUGGAUAUUUUCACAACUUGCUGCCGACGGCAUAAGCUAUGUGGAACUUAGGCAUUCUUUUACAUUCCCAUACAGACGAGAAGGAAGCUCUGCUCCUGAAGAGGACUAUUCUGCAUGGUGUCAUGCAUUUCAGGAGGAACUUGAGCUUUUCAGAAGCACGGAAGAAGGCAGGUCGUUAUGUGGAGCACGCGUCAUCUGGACAACCUCACGCGCACUGUCAAACAGGGAAAUGUCUGGUAGCAUGAUAAACUGCAUCCUGGCGAAGCAGGAUUUUCCAGAGGUGGUCUGUGGAUUUGAUGUGAUAGGGCAAGGAGACGAUGCCAGAUCACUUGUCGACCUCGUUCCCAUUCUGUUCUGGUUCCGAAAACAGUGCGCUGAAGAAGGGGUGGAUAUCCCUUUCCUUUUCCAUGUCGGAGACAAUCUAUGUGAUGGCAAACAGAUUGAAAACGACCUGUUUGAUGCGAUCCUACUUGGCACUAGGAGGCUAGGUCCUGGAGAGUCGCUGUAUAAGCACCCCUUGCUCCUGGAGCUGGUCAAAGAAAAAAAGAUCCUUGUCGAGUGCUGCCCUAUUGUGAAGGGUAUCACUAACCGAACAGAUUCUACACAGGUUGACCCACUUUCGGUUCUGUUAUCCCGGGGCGUCCCUGUCUCUCUUAGCAGCUACCCUCCAGACCUUUCCGAGCAUGGAUUGAAUAGCUUAACAUUUGAGUUUUGGCAGGCACUUCAGGGCCCCAAUAACCUUGAGCUUCCGGGCCUUGCAAUGAUGGUGGAGAAUUCAAUCCGGUGGAGCUGCUAUGAAGACCAGUCAACAGUCGAAUGGCUGUCAGAUAUCCGAGAGGGAAUAUUAGGUGAAGGCAUGAAAGCCGCCCGUUUACGGGACUGGUAUGCUUGCUUCGAGAAAUUUUGCGAGUGGAUAACACUGGAAUUCGCUGAAGCGGGUAUAUCUUAAUUUUAAGCUUGAAUUUUCAAGGGGGCAGUAUUGAUGGAAUUAAUAGCUAAUGUAUAAUAAU